AUGACGCCCGUCGCCGACACAGGAAUUCCAACAAUCGUAGGUGUCGCCAAGUGGACCUUUGACUGCGCUGCGUUACUUCUCGACGUUCACAACGCUAUGGUGGAACUCGAGGACAAAGACGACGCUAUCAAAUACGCCACAAUCCUCAGAUUUGAUGGCGAGAUGCUCCAUCAAAACUUCUUGAGCAAGAGCUUCAAGGACGUCCGCUACACAUACAGCCGGUGGGCUUGUAUGAGCGCAGCUCAGAGUCUCAUCAGCUUGUACAACACUCGAGAUGCGCAAGAGCCGCAGUGGUGGGUUGAACAAGCUUUCAUCAUCACCGCGGGUAUUUGCCUCAUUCUGGAGCUCUUUCAUCGUGCUGAAGCAGACGCGGAGGCACAAGAGUGCCAUCUACAUGUCACGCGAGCUAUCAGGUGCUUGCAACUGUUUCACACGUCAAGUGUUGCAGUGCACGGCGUGCGUCUGCUCAUGUCGCUUAUGGCAGAGUAUGAGAAGCUCAGAGAUGGAUCAAGCCAAAGGUCCACACUAUCAGUGGACACAGCAACCACCCAAACCUGUUCCUAUAUUCCCGGCAAUACGGCUGGUAUUCCCAUGCCGGACACUGACCGUGCGACUCAACAGCUGCCUCUAGAUUCUGAGGUUCAACCAACAUUCGCCGAUCCGACCACGUGGAAUUUCGAUAUCGACAGUCUGGGCUUCGAAGAUCUGAUGGACUAUCUGCCCUCAGAAGGCUUGUUGAACAAUAAUGUCCUCAACGCCAGCAUGUUGUCUGGUACUGGAUGGCCGAUGUGGUAG